AAUAACUCUCCUUACCAGCAGGCGGCGGAAGUGUGUAUUCGUCAUUCAAAAGAGGCAACCGGAAGACAGACUGCGUGAUAUAUACAAACAACAAAUAGCGAAUAGCCAACAAAUCCAAAGACGCACCGUUAAUGGUGACAUGGAACAGGGACAACUCACAGUGAUCAUGGGAAGUCCUGCACAGAUCUCAAAACCGUGACACCCGUCAGUCUGCUCUCCAUAUCCUCCGCACCAUUUGUUCCUAUGACUUACUGAUGUGAGCCUGAGGGAUAAGUGGAGAAGAGUUCUCAGGAAAAAAUAAGGACAGAGCAUGUUGCCAAGCUUUACCUGGAGAUGCUUGCAGCCAGAUUAUCAUGAAGGAGCGGAGCUUUUGCAUCUCACAGUUGAGGAAGAUCAGUAACAGAGGAACCCAGACUCAUGAGGAGCCUGACAAAGGUCUACUGGACUUUACAUCAUUAAAAAAGAAGAGUUGCCAGGUAGGACAGAAGAAUGAAAGAGGAGAUUAAGGCGAGACAGACUAGAGAAGAUGAAGUGAAGGCUAAACUAAGGCAAACAGUUUGAUAGAUGGAAUGAGUAGUAGAGAGGCAGGCAGAAAUUAAAUUAAAUACUACCAUUAAAGAAAAGCCAGAAGAAGAUACCGUCCACGAGAGUAAAUGUCUAGAAGUAUCCAGAGAAUAGGUGAUCUCAGGUUUUGAAGAUCAGCAAAAAACAGUAUUCGCGAUGUUCAUGAACUUCCGUCGUAUUCACAAGUGCCAGUUCGUGCAGCUGCUGACCGCAUGCAUGGUGCUGUGUGUGGUGAUGGUCAGCUGGGAGGAGCUGGACCACCAUGUGGUCAGCCACAUGAAAUCCUACACGUACCGCUACCUGGUCAACAGCUACGACUUCCUCAACUCUAACUUCAACAUCACCUCCAACCGUCACAGAAAGGAUGGUUCUACUAACGUGUUGAUGACCUACCCGUACCUCAUCAACCGUCCAGGGAAAUGUGCAAGGAGAGAUGGGAAAAGCGUGGAUGACGUCCUCCUUCUUCUGUUUGUGAAAUCAUCGCCAGAGAACUUUGAGCGGCGCCAGGCCAUCAGGGACACGUGGGGGAACGAGAGCUUUGUUUGGUCCGAACUGGGAGCCACCGUGCGGAUGGUGUUCGCCCUCGGUGUGGACGCAAAGCGGAGAUCCAGGGUGCAGAGAGCACUGCUACAGGAGGACCAGACCUACGGAGACCUGAUCCAGCAGGACUUUUUGGAUACCUUCCACAACCUCACAGCCAAACUGAUCACGCAGUUCCACUGGGCCCAUGACUACUGCCCUCAGGCACGCUUCCUCAUGUCUGCAGAUGACGACAUCUUCGUCCACAUGCCCAAUUUGGUGAAGUACCUAAGGCAGCUUCUGAGUAAUAAAUCAGGGGUCAAAGACUUUUGGGUGGGGCAUGUACAUAGAGGAGCCCCUCCAGUUCGCCGCAAAGAAAGCAAAUACCACAUCCCCUAUGAUCUGUACCCCUGGCCUUCCUACCCGGACUACACGGCUGGAGCGGGGUACGUGGUUUCAGGAGAUGUGGCCGCUAAGAUCUACCAGGCCACUCAGGUGCUGAACUCCUCCAUUUACAUUGAUGACGUCUUCAUGGGGAUUUGUGCCAAAGCCAUGGGGGUCUCUCCCCAGGAGCAUUUGUACUUUUCAGGUGAGGGCAAGGCUCUCUAUCACCCCUGUAUCUAUGACCACAUGAUCACAUCGCACGGUCACGCCACAGACAUUCGGUCACUGUGGCAGGCAGCUACAGACCCUGCAGUGUACGGCAAGUCCAGAGGAUUUAUGGGUAAUCUGUACUGCACAGCGGUGAGGGCGAUGAUGCUGUGUCGGCCAUAUUACCAGAACUCUUACUCCUGUAUGGCUGCUUUUACAUAAAUUAUCCUCAGGUAACGCAAGGACUGCUUAAAGGUAGGGUAGGUAAGUUUGGGAAACCGGCUCGAGAUCGCUAGAAUUUGAAAAUACACAACCGGAAAAAAUCUGCCACUUCCUUACAGAGCCCCUCCUCCAACACACACGAACGCGCACAUGACCAAUGAGGGCACGAGAUAAGUUUGUGCACAGAUGGAAGGCUGACAGGCAGGUAGGCCAUCCAGUUAUUUUAGCCGGGCCGGCUCAGACGAUUGGUCGUGCUUUUUACAGUACUACGGCUUCCACUGAUGACUUUUUUUAUGGAUUUUUUGUCAAAGCACUUCAGAUAUUCAUUGCUAUCGGGAUGUUAAGAGCAUUCCAUGGAAUAUAAGAAAAAGUGUAUCUCAAGCCGGUUUCUCAAACUUACCUACCCCACCUUUAAUGCUAAAUGUUUGCAGACAAAGAAAUGACGGAACUUUACUUGAACAGUCUGCCAUGCUGUUUUUCUUUAAUGUGAUAUGUAAGUGUUUACUUGGCUAACCUGCCACACACCACCAAUGCUACAGCUUGAGCCAAGCAGCACAGGGAUGAACUAUGCCAAUAUUUUAACAGUAUCAGUGCAGUGCCUUUUCAGUGGGGCAAGAUAUAGCAAAUAUGUGCCUAUCCUGCUAUUUGUGUUUAUUCUUUUAAUCACACAGCGUUAAGAACAAAUCAAAAUGUGCCUAUAACUGUCAGUUGCAGCCCUAGCAUUAUUAUUGGUUUAAUAUUUUUAAAACAUUUUAAAAUGACUAUCUUGAACAGCUACAACAGUCAAAUACUUCUAGGCAGAUUGUGGAGGACAAUGGGAGAAUGAAGCCAACCUCACGUAUGAAAGGCUACAUGUCAAUAGAGGGGCAGAAACCGUCUUGCAAAUUUACAUUUCAAUCUUGAACAAUGAACAGCGGUAGACAGUGUUGAAGAAAGGAAGAAAAUGGAACAAUGUAUUUUAUCAUAUAAAGCUUAAAUAUGCUAAAAACUGUGUUAAAACUCUGAAUGCCAUAGUCAUGUAUCGUAUAGUUUAACGCUUUAGCAAUAUAAACAGGAUGUAUAACAACAAUCCUUAAAAACAUAGGUACUCAUAAAGACCUGUAGUACGCACUUACUCUUUCGAGGAGAUGAACUUUCUACGCACUUCCCCUUUCGAGGAGAACAUCUGUUAUGUAUUUCCUUGCGGGAAGUGAACAUUUAACCACAGCAAUGAAGAAGGACACCUCUAACGCACCAGCUUGCACGCACAAACCAUGUGACAAGCCGCGGGAAAGAAGAGGAUAAAAGAAGACUGAAGAAUGCUAAAUCUCAGAUAUAAUAUGUAUCUGAGCAAAACACAUUUCAUUUGUUAUUGAUGUGUGGUGUUAUAACUUGUGAAACUUUAAUAAAACUACCUGUUCACAUUUGUGAGAGGAAACUAAA